GACAGCCGAGUUCUGACUCCCUGUUCGGCGGGAAGCAGGUGAAGCCCGGCGCCGUGUGGAGGCCGUACGGCCCGCCGCUGUACGGGUACGGCUCCUCCCUGAACCCGCCGCCCAGGAAGAGGCCGGACACGCUGCUCAUCCUCGCCGCCAUCUUCUACUGCCUGGCCGUCCUGACAGCGGUGGUGUUCGCUGUACUCUUCAAGACCAACGUUAUACCAGUAUACAAAACUCCGGAGCCGGUACCUGUGUGGAUGCAGCAGUUUUCCCCGGAGAUGCAGAGGUGGUACCAGUUGGCGCUCCAGGCCGCCGGAGGGGACACAUCAGCGAUACUGCCGCCUGGAUACGUGCAGCAACCAACCGUGGAGACUCCUGUGCAGGAAUCUUGUGGCAACAUGUCACUUCCUGACUUGGGUCACGGCGACUUUAUCUGCACCAGUAUCGCCUACUACAACAUCUACGUGCGCAUGUGCAUUAGCAAGUGUGACGUGGGCUACCAGACCGAUGACGCGGGCCUGCUGUUCUGCAACCGCGGCCGAUGGGCGCCGAUCGCGCCCGAAGUCGUGUCGACACUCGUCGGCGUCGGUCGGGCUGCCGACACGAUGCCGAACACCGACCCUCGGGUGUUCGAGCACCUCGGCAUCUCCGACCAAAUCUACGCGGACGCGGCGCGUGGCAUUUUAUUCAAGCUAGACGUCUCCAACCUUCCUGUCGUGGAGACAUACUUAGACAUCAUCUCAGAGGACAACAUCAUCGAUUUCGACAUGAUGCAGCAGUUGUUGGAAUGGAUCGGCCCGACUCUAGACGACAUCGUGGAAAACCUGGACUUCCUGCAUGUUCUGUCUCGCCUAGAGACGUUUGGGGCGACCAAGCAUCCGGAGUGCAGACUUGUGGACUGUGGAGGAGAGUCUGAGAAUGUAGCUCAUGGCAAAAUCAACAGAAGCUCAAAGACGUCGACGAACAUGUCAGUAGCCCGAGUGGUCUGUGAGCGAGGCUACCUGCCCCGGCACCCUGUACUGACGUGUAACGCUACAGGACACUGGGACAAACCCGCACAGUGCGACCCUGUAACCUGCAGCCCACCUGAGGACCCCCCGCACGGAUCGUACCUGUGUCAGGGUCACGUGUUCUUGGACCCCUGUGACGUCAUCUGUGACGUAGGGUACCUACCGGAAACGGACCACGCCCUGGGCUGCAGCUGGACCGGAAACUGGACCGCCUUCCGCAGAGGGAACACGACAGAGAUGGAAAAUGCUGUGUCAGCAGACGUUAUCAUCCCACAGACUCUGGCCUGUGUCCUCGCUGACUGUGGAAACAUUUCGAUCCCGGCAGACGGUGACGUCACCUGUACAGGUACGACGUACGGCGAGACUUGUCAUCUCACCUGUCGGGACGGCUACGAACGGCUGGGACAAGACAACUUCACCUGUCAGGUGUACCGGCUAACAGCCCAAGCAACCUGGAGUGGGGAGCCGGAGUGCACACCAGUGAGUUGCGGACCCCCUCCCGAGUUCCCUAACACCGCCCUACAGUGCGCCAGUGGACACACCUACGGGAACACCUGCGGAGUCACCUGUGCGGACGGGUACGAAGGAACGAACCACCGGAGCGUAGCUUGCCAUAGCAGCGGCAACUGGAGCCUACAGACGGGAGCGCUCCAGCCAGUUGUUGGCGGACCAGAUCUGUUCUGUCAGAAGAAGGACUGCGGCAACCUUACUAGUCCGACCCAUGGCAGCCUGACGUGCAACGGUACCAGGUACCAGGACUCCUGCCGCCUGACCUGUGAGCCCGGCUUCAAAGUCGGCAAUGAGCAGGACCUUCAUCUCCACAGUCUACACAGCUUCAGGUGCAUGGCAACUGGACAAUGGAACGACAAACCCAGAUGUGUCCCAUCCGACUACUGCCGGCUCGGCCUGCACGACUGCCACUCUGAUCACGGAAUCUGCGACCUGACGGGCCACCAGACCUUCAGCUGCCGCUGCCGGCCCGGGACGGUCGGGGACGGAAGACGCUGUGAACGGACCUCCUGUCCGCCUUUCCCGGUCGCUGAACCGGAAAAUGGUUACUUCGGGUGUUCUAUCCCGGCAUCCCCUGCAGCUGACUUCUGCCAAUCCCCUGACAGCACGACGGCGGAGUACGAGGUCGUCUGUCUGCUCCACUGUAACCCUGGUUACGACAGGCUGAUCUAUGCCGAGUACUCCUGUGGACACGACGGGAACUGGACCAUUCCUUUCGACCCAGCGAUCCCGGGGUCUACGCCGUGUUUAGCUUCAAAAUGCCCGGACCUGUCCAGUCCCCUACACGGUACAAUGACCUGCAGCAUGGGAUUUGAAUUCCGGUAUCCUGAGACCUGCAACUUCGCCUGCGACCGAGGCUACGAGCUCACGACUCCCACAAGCAGCCGCGAGAGACGCUGUCAGACUGAUGCAACCUGGUCUGGAAACGACGCCGUGUGCAUUGGCGUACAGUGCCCAACCCUGUCCAGCCCCGCCAAUGGGAGAAUGUCCUGUGAUAACGGCUACUCCUUCCGAUUUCCUGAGACCUGCAGUUUCUCCUGUGACCCAGGCUACGAGCUACACGAGAGUGGCGACAGCGUUCGGACCUGCCAAGCCGAUCGCACCUGGACCAGGAGGGAGGUCUUAUGUUGCCCAAAUGGGUACACUUACCACCAGCAUAGCCGGUCCUGCUACAAGGCCUUCAACCAGGAUACUGACCACAGCAGUGCUAGGACAAUCUGUUCUUCUGACGGCGGAACCCUCGCCAUGCCCCGCGAUGCCGUCACCAACACCUUCCUCAUCAACCUGAAGAAUGCCGUCGAUAACAGCGCUUACUUCCGGUUCGGAAUGACUGACAUCCAACAGGAAGGACGUUGGGUGUGGGAGGAUGGUCGUGUUCUUGGAGGUUUCAGCUCGUGGGGUUCAGGAGAACCCAACAACGACGGGGGUAUCGAAGACUGUGCGGAGUAUUUUUCCGAAGAUGACCCGCACGUUACCCUCAGGAACAAGUGGAACGAUAUUUCGUGCUCCAACAACCCCUCUAGGAAGUUUGGUUUCAUUUGUCAAGUCGGUUAAACGGGUUGAUCUUCAAAUGACGGAGUCAAACAUUUCCUUCUUUCAUGGCCAUGCUUAAAGUGGAACUAUCGUGUGAUUUUAUAAGGAUUGUAGCUACAAUACUGCAUCUACCGAAUAUUGGACCUGUAAAUACACAUGUAACAUAGUGUAGCAUCAUGCCUUAUGACCCCGUCAAAUGGGCUUGAUCAGUUGUGUCUUUGGCAACCCAUGUUAUUUAUUUAUAUUUAUUUAUUUCUGUCUUCUUUAUACAGGGUAGACGCACUCAGUACAAUAUACUGCUUUACAGGCGUGCCCUGUACAGAUAGACAUAAACACCAACAACAGUAAACAAAAUAACAAAAGUAACAUAUAUAUAUACACAACCGGCCACAACACUACACUACUGCCACAACACAAUGCUGUGGCAGUAGUAAGUAGAUCGGUGAGUCUGGGAGAAAAGGCCACAUUUGUUGCCACCAGCGUGCCCGCACAGAGAGGAUACUGACGACCCAACGUCAUGUUGCCCGAUAAGAUGUGGCGUCGCGUGGUGUAGUGGUUAGAACAUUCGACUAUGAAGCGGGGAGACCCGGGUUCGAUUCCGGGUCGUACCAUGUCUGAACAUGCGC